GUGCGAGUGUAUAAACGUCCGGUGCUUGGAAUUUUAUCUACUGGAAAUGAGAUCGUCGACCAUAAUGAUUCGUCGGAACUGAAGUAUGGUCAAGUUCGCGAUAGUAACCGACCCACACUAUUGGCAAUCGCGAGAGCCACCGGAUUUGAAGCCAAGGAUUUUAGGAUCGUCGGUGAUGAUCCGAAAGAAUUAGAGCAUUCUUUAAAGUCAGCUCUAUCUCAGGUUAACGUGUUGGUUACCACUGGUGGAGUUUCUAUGGGUGAACUCGAUCUCCUUAAACCCACACUGGAGCAAUCAUUGGGCGCGACCAUUCACUUUGGAAGAGUGAAGAUGAAGCCGGGGAAGCCAACCACAUUUGCUACUACUCCGGGUGACUCAUCUAUCGAUCAUGAAAAAUUAAUCUUCGGAUUACCCGGUAAUCCAGUCUCCGCGGUCGUUACCUUUUAUUUAUUCGUAUUACCGGCCCUUCGAAAAAUUGCUGGCUAUGAGAAUUGGAAAUUACCAAUGUUACAGGCCGAGCUGGCGAACGAGAUCUCCCUCGAUCCGAGACCCGAGUAUCAUCGGGUGGUGAUCUCUUUUGACAGGACGAGUGGAAAACUCUUGGCAAACUCAACAGGUCAUCAAAUAAGUAGUCGCAUUCUUAGCGUGAGAAGUUGCAAUGCUUUAUUGGUUCUGCCCGGAAGGACAGAUGAGCUUUCAAAAUUAACCGCAGGAACUAUUGUCGAUGCUAUUUUGAUAGGACAGUUGCAUUAA